AUGCCAAGCAGAGGCCAGAUGAAAGAAGUGGUGAAGAAGACCGGAUGGAAUUUGAUGGAGGAAGCGAAAUUCCUACCUCCAUUUGAUAAGUGCCCGACCCUUAACCACUAUUUAGUCAUGAAUAUUAUUGCAUGGAAUUGCAGGGAAGCAUUAAAGCCCUCUUUUCAAAAUCAUGUUAGGCAACUGGUGCACAAUCAUGAUCCAGCCAUUAUGAUCAUUAUGGAGACCCACAUUGGGGGUGAGCGAGCCAGAGAUAUCAUUGACAAACUUCCUUUUGACGAGGCCAUCUACACAGACACUAUUGGGUUUGCUGGUGGUCUUUGGCUUCUGUGGAAUUCAGACAGAGUUCAAGUUAAUCAGUUGGCUUUGUUGGAGCAAGAAAUCCAUGUUUUGGUUAAGGUUCUUAUGGAAGGGGAUAAAUUUGGGGGAAGGAGCAUUAGUUCUAGUAGGUCCCUUCUUUUCAAAGAAUGCCUUGAUCAUUGUUCUAUGGUUGAUAUGAGAUUUGUUGGGCCUCGAUUUACUUGGACAAAUAGAAGGAAUAUUUGUGCUCUCAUCCAAAAAAGGAUUGACCGUUUCUUUGCUAAUCCUAGCUGGUAUGCCUUGCACCCGGAUGCUAGAGUUACUCACCUCACUAGAUACCCUUCAAAUUCCAAAGUUUUUGGCUAUCGGAUUUAUCGUUUCCGGGAUUUGUCAUGGAGGCAUGGGGUAGGGCUAGACCACUCUAGGAAUCCAUUAAGAAUUUCUCUAGGAAAGCUACGGAUUGGAACACAAAUCAUUUUGGCAAUAUUUUUUGGGAAAAAGAAAAGAGUUAUGGCUCGACUCAAUGGCAUCCAAAAAGCCAUAGCUACACACCCUUCGCAUUCAUUGCUUGAGUUGGAGAAAGUUUUGCAUAAAGAUCUUAAUACCCUCUUAGACCAAGAGGAGGAGUUGUGGGUGCAGAAAUCUCGUAUUAAUCGGCUGAUUGAGGGUGAUCGUAAUACGACCUUUCACCAUAUGUCCACUAUUGUUAGGAGAAGGCGCAACAAAAUCUCUUGCAUUAAGAAUGAUAUGGGGGAGUGA